AUGAAUGACGCAACACCUAUUGAAGUGGCACCAUCAGAUUAUCUAGAAAAUAUAUAUGAGAGUUAUGACGAUUAUUCCGAUAACAGUAAUCCGGAAAAGUCAAAUCAAAUUGCUGUUGAACCAGACAAUUACUAUGAUGCAUUCAUCCCCGGCGUUCCGGCAGAAAACUCCAAACCGAACGAGAGUUCUUCAAUCACUUCAAAAGUGAUCACUACAACUACAGCGCAGGUUUCUACCACAGUAACGGAAACUCCACCAAUUACUAGUACAGUUACUGAAACCUCAACUCCAGUAACCACAGUUCUGAUCUACACUACAAAAACGCCAUUCCACGAAGCGAAAACUCCAGAAGCUAAAAAAUUAUAUUUGCCCGACGAACAACUAUAUUCAAACACAGUUCAAGAGCCUUUACAUCCAGAAACUACAACUACGACAACUACUACUCCAUCAACCAAAACUCCUAGUACUACAAGUACACGUCUCUUGCCUUAUAGUACUUCUGAAGCGCAGAAGGAACCAAUAUAUGGAACUGCAACAUCAAGACCUACACCCGCACAGUUCUUGUCUCAUCAAACAACGACUACCACUAAGGAAUACUUGUUAUACGAAACCACAACCCCUAGAUUAACUGUUCAGUCCACACCUCAAGAUAUUACAACUUCAUCUACUACUAUUACUAUUCCGACCACUACAACUACUACACAGUCUCCACCUUACACAACUACGACUAGCAGCAGUAAUAGAUCAUAUCAGUCCUAUCAAACUGCACCUCCCAGCAGCAAAAAGCAAUUUUUAUCUUAUCAUACUUCAACUUCCAGUGAUAAUAGGCAGUAUAUACCCCACGAAACUACAACUCUUACGCCGUCCGCUAAAAUACUAUCUUAUGAAACCACAACUCAAAGAGCUACAUCUGCACAGUAUUUACCUUACCGAACUACAACCCCCAGCGUUUAUUCGAAUCAUUUGGCUUACGAUGUUACAACCGCUAAACCAACUGUUCAGUCUAUGCCUCAUGACAUUACAAUUCCAUAUACCACCACUACCGUUCAGCCUGCAACUAUGAGUGCUACUACUACUACUGCUACUACUACUACUACUGCUACUACUGCUACUACUACUACGCAGCCCCCACUUUACAAAGCUACAACUGGUAGCAGUUAUAGACAAAACUUAUCUUACCAAACCACUCCCCCUAGCAGCGGAGAGCAAUUCUUAUCUUACCGUACCGGAACUUCUGGCUAUAAUAGGGAAUACACGUCUCACGUAACCAAAACUCCCAAGUCAGAUGUUCAGCGACUAUCUUAUAAUACAACACCUCCACCUUCUGCUACGCAACGCUCACCUUAUCAAAGGAUAGCUCCAAGUGUUUACCAGCAGCAGUUAGUAUCUUACAAGAAUGCAGUUCCAAAUACCGUCCCGCGGUACUCACAUUAUGGAACUGCUUCUAUCAGCCCUAAUGAACAGCAAUAUGCUAAUUAUGAAACUACAACUCCUAGUGCUACUACACAACCCUCAGCAUACCAAUCGGCAUUUUACAGUGUGACCAGAGAAUACCUCACCUACGGAACAAGUCAUAUCGGUAACAGACCAUACGUGCAUUAUGAGACUACAACUCCUGGUACUGCAGUGCAAUCCUUACCCUAUCAAACGACAAAUUAUAGUUCAAGGAGAGAAUACCUUAUCUCCGGAACAAGUCCUAGACCGCAUGUGCACUAUGAAACCACGACACCUAAUACUCCAGUAAGAUCCAUCCCCUAUCAAAAGGCAACUUACAGCCCAAGAAGAGAAUACCUAACCUACGGAACAAGUCCUCGGCCGUACGCCCAUUAUGAGGUUACAACUCCUAGUGGUCCAGUGAGAACUCUUCCCUACCAAAAACCGUACGCCUAUUAUGAGGCUACAACUCCUAGUGCUCCAGUAAAACCCUUGCCCUAUCAAACGACAACUUAUAGCCCAAGAAGAGAAUACCCGACCUACGGAACAAGUCCUCAACCGUACGCGUAUUAUGAGGCUACGACUCCUGGGUCUGUUGCACAACCCUUGAACCGCCAGACCGUCUCUUACAGAAAUAGAGAGACUGCUGCCUAUAGAACUGCAAAACCCGCAAGUACGAGACAGUUUCCCGCCUACAGAGGUCAGGGUCGCAAUGUUGCCAAACAGCCUCAGUCUUACAAACCCGAGUCUGCCAGUACUAGCCAUCAAUUUUUGUCCAACGUGGCCCCAGCAGCACCAAGACGUGGACAGUUUACAAAUUACAGAACUGUGUCACCCACAACUGUUAAGAGCCGAAAAUCUUUUAGAACAAUUGUUCCCGGUGCUUCUAAUAAAGUUGUAUCUUACAAAACCACUUAUGAUCCGGUUCAACGACAAAUAACUUUGGUGCCCGAAAGUUUAAAUUAUCAAGGAAGCCUGAAUAACAAUAAUUUUAAUGGAAACGUUUUAGUACGACGCAAAUUUUACGAAGUUUCAUUCGUUCCAAAUCUACCACCUUCACCGUAUUCAGGACGAUAG